CCUAAUCAACCGGCAAAUGCCGGUCUCUACUCUUCUCCUAUGCUUAUACUAUAAUCCCAAGCUGUUCUCCAAAUUCCCAACCCAAAGUCCUUUUCACAUACACUUCACCCCAUUUUCUCACUCUCUUUUUCUACCAUUUUUUUUUCUUAUGAAAAAGUCUCUUUUUGGUUUAAUGCAAAGAUAAGAACUUUGGGUUUCUUUUGUUUCUUAGAUAAACAAAAAAUAUGGAGGAGAAUAUGUGAAAAAGUGUAUGGAGAAGAAGAAAGAGAAUUUAAUUUCCAUGGCGAAUUUAAGGUUUUCCGAUGAGAAUCCGUCGGCGGUGGCAGCAGCAGCAGCAGCGACCAGUUUCGGUGGAAGCAUCUUUGACAUGACAACUGGAGCAGGGGCAUGUGAUGGAGAUACUAAGUGGGGGUCUUCUUUAGGUUUCAUGGACUUGCUUGGCAUCCAUCAAGAUUUCAUUGCCCCUUCUUUAUUCGAUUCCUUUCAGCCACCACCGAUUCUUCCACCACCACCUCCCUCAACAUCAUCUGAACCACUUCUUCACCAACAACUGGACACGAAGCAGCUUCAAGCCCUUCCAUCGCCGGCCUCCAUCGUGCCGGAAUCUUCUGAAGUUUUAAACAACCCUGCAACACCAAACUCUUCUUCCUUCUCUUCUUCAUCUAAUGAAGCUGCAAAUGAUCAUGAACCAACCAAAGCUGAAGAUGAUGAAGAAGAAGAGCAGGAUCAAGACAAGACAAAGAAACAGUUGAAACCCAAAAAGAAGAACCAAAAAAGGCAAAGGGAACCGAGAUUUGCGUUCAUGACAAAGAGUGAAGUUGAUCACUUAGAUGAUGGUUACCGAUGGAGAAAGUAUGGCCAAAAAGCUGUGAAAAACAGCCCUUUUCCCAGGAGCUAUUAUCGUUGCACCAGCGCUGGCUGUGGGGUGAAGAAGAGAGUCGAGAGAUCCUCCGAUGAUCCCUCCAUCGUUGUCACCACUUACGAAGGCCAACACAAGCAUCCCUACCCGAUAACCCCUCGAGGAAGCAUUGGAAUCAACAUGGAUCCCUCCUCUAGUUUUGGCCCAUCUUUUGUUGUUCCUCAACCUCAAUAUUUACAUCAGCAGCAACAAUUGCAACCCUAUAUAUAUAACUCAUCGCCUUCUUUGAACAUUACUAGUAUCACUAGGAGUGGCUCUAGCUUCAAUGCCUCGAUUCCUGAUUUCCUUCAAGACAGACGUUUUAAUACUCCUCCUACUUCUUCAGCUUCGUUACUAAGAGACCAUGGACUCCUUCAGGAUCUUGUUCCAACACAGAUGAGGAAAGAGGCAAAGGAACAGUAAGACAGUAUGGGUUCUUUUUUUAUAUGUAAUUAUAUGGUUGCUGGUAUGUAGUUUCCUAAUCCUUUACUAACUGAUAAAGAACCCAAUUCACUAUAUCUUUUUUUAUUCAAUCUAUUAUCAUCUGUAUAAAAUCACCUGUCUCUUUAUAGUGUUUUUGCAGGAGAAGUGGUUUUGUACUUGGUUUUUCUUGUGGUUAUUAUUCUUUGUAUUUAAGGAGAAUUCAAUUAUGGAAAUAUUGGGGUUUUUUAUUAUUAUUAAUUUCUUCCAUUUUUGCUA